UUUCCCACACACAAGCAAAGCCGCCACAAUAUUUCCGAGCGCCACUCACUACCCUCCGCUCCCCGCCGCCGCCAUCCUUCGACGCCACCAUCCCCUACGCAACCAUCUCCCCGCCGCCGACCCAUACUCUCUUUCAAUGUCUGCUUCUGGAGGGAUCUCUGGGUCCGGAAGCGGGCAGCGGCGAGACCUCGGGGACCGGGGACAUUCUGGAUCGAGCACGGAUUCAAGUGGAUCCUCUUCCACAACAACGAAGAAGAAAGCAAAGCCAAUCCCCUUGAAUGACUUCUUGACUAGGAAGCAUGGUAAUCCUGCUGUUUCCUCAGCAUGGAACAAAGUUCAAGAUCCUGCACAACCUCUCUCGAGUGGUUCCUCCUCAGAGCUCUCAAAUCUGGGUCUUCAGCUGGCCCGUCAAGUCAUUGCCCGUCGAGCCAUGGCCAGUCAAGCCCUGUCAGAGCUUGGCCUUGAAACCAAUAUCUUGAAGAGAGAGUACUACAACCUGCUGAAGAGCUAUGGAUGGUUUUUGAAAACAACAACUAAUUUUCUUAAGACCCAAAGUCUUUUUGAUGAAGAAAAUAUAGGAGCUGUGACAUUGGAUUUUGUAAAUCUCCCUAUGACGAUGAGGUCUUUUUCUGAGUAUGAUUCUGUAGACUUGGUGAAAAGGGACAUAUCAGCGCUUGGUCGGACGCAUGAUCUACUGCUAACCAUCUUCCAUGGAAGGCAAGUAUACAUCAGCGCCGAGAAGCAUGUCUUUGAGCAGCAUGCAGCUGGUAAAUCGUGGGCUGGUGACUUUACAGCGGAAGAUAUCUAUAUCAUACAGUUCACCUCCACUGAUAUCAAGUGCCAUAUCCGAGCCAAGAGCAAUACCAUACCAUGCACUUCAGACAACAAGGUUCUAGAUAUUAAGCAGAUUCACAAGUCAAUGGCAGAUAAGUACCAAUUCAAUGGUAACUUUCCUGCACAUUUCGAGUGCCUUGAAAAGGAUAUCAAUUCUCUGACUGCUGUUUCAUUGGAUACAAGCUCGAUAUUGACGUAUCUUCCUUACCACGCGGCAUUCAUGCCACGUGGGGCAAAUGAGGCCAUAACACAGAAGUUACAUGACGCUACUGAGGGCGUCUGGAUGGAGCCUGACGAGUUUCAAACUUAUCGCUUGCUGUUUGAGUCAAACCCAGUUGACGGUGAUGAUUGGAGAUUGGGGUAUUGCAAAUCUACAGACCCAUUGCUGAAAAAGGUGUACUUGCAUGACUACAGAACUGCUUUCCAGAACAUCUAUGGGAACACAGGGGUCCAGCUGACCUCCGGCAACACAGCUCGUGACCACAUGCAGGCCCAGCUGACCCCCGACAACACGGAGGCCCAGCUGACCCCCGACAACACCAAGGCCCAGCUCACCCCUGACAACACCCAGGCCCAGCAGUCUCAGGGGAGCUCAAGCACCGUCAAAGGGGUGACCCCUGACAACAUGGAGGCCCAGCUGACCCCCGACAACACCAAGGCCCAGCUGACCCCUGACAACACCCAGGCCCAGCAGUCUCAGGGGAGCUCAAGCACCGUCAAAGGCACGGGGGCUGGAAACAAAUUCAACAAAAGCAGGAAAAGUAAGCUUUCCUACAAACGUCACCUGAACGUCCAUAUCCAUACCCACAUGAAAGGUCAGAGGCCGUUGAGAGGCUUGUAUCAAGCAGAGUUGUAUUCUGCAAAGAAGAAUCCUGUUCUAGGAGAAAUCUUCACUGAGCUGUUCAAUGGCCCGACCAUGAAAUUACCUAAAUUCUUUGGUCCCAUGUGGGAGCUGUACUGUGCAGCGAGGGACGCCCAGGUUGAAUGAGCUCUGGACGAUGAUGAUGAGAGCCAGCUUCGAUAGCUUAUGCAUAGAUCUAGAUUUUUUUCUGGUGCAUCAUGACAUGCAAACUUAGGUAGCCAUUUCAUGCAGACAGGGUUCUGGUGGAUGAUGACAAAUAACUUAGGCAGCCCUUCCAUUUUGUUAAACUUGUGGCUUGUGUAGCCUCAGUUUUAUGCAGAGAACUUCUGAGAUUGUGUAUGAACAUUUGGUUAUCCUGAAUGAUGCCUAUGUCUUUGA